AUGGAUGAUGAAACUACAAUUCAUCGAUCAGAAUAUUCUGAACAACGUAAAGUAUAUUAUCAUGCAAAAAGUCCAACAAAUUAUGCAUUCAAAGUGCAAAUAGCUUGUGAUUUUCAUCUUCGAAUAGUACAUGUACCCAGAGAAUCAGGUUUGUUAGAACAUACACAAGAAGAUGUACAAAUUAUUACUGAUAAAGAAUAUAUAAGUGAACAAUAUAUUUAUUACUUCGAAAAAAAACCUUGUGGUGGUCAUUUAACAGCUAAAGAUAAAGAUUUCAAUCGAUCUAUUUGCAGCGCAAGAGCAGCUAUUGAAAACAUUAACCAACGUCUUAAAAAUUAUGCUAUUUUAGGACAUGUUUAUAGAGAACCUUAUUAUGAUAUUGACAAAAUCACUACAAUUACACAUGUUGUUUCAGCUCUAUAUAAUCUUCAAUUGUCUACACAUCUUAUUCGUAAUUAUAGAUCGUGA